GACACAGCAAUAUUGUCAACCAUUUGUCAACUAAUAUCAACAAGCAAUACUUAAAAUUAGUGAAUCCAGCCAUUUUGGCCGUAUUAAUUGUUAUAUUGUAAAGUUUGUAUUUUGAAUAUAGACUGUUAGGUUUGUCGGUAAAAUGAGUACCCAAACAAGUAAAAAGCGUGGUUCAACGCCUUCAACGGAGGAUCAAGAACCGGAAGUAUAUACCGUGCAAAAGAUUUUAGAUAAACGAAUAAAUGCAAAUGGGGUGGUGGAAUAUUAUUUAAGAUGGGUCGGUUUCGAAGACAAAGAUAAUACAUGGGAGCCAAAAGAAAAUUUAAAUUGUCCAGGUUUAAUUAAAGAGUUUGAAGCAGAAAGAGCUCGACAAGAAAAAGAGAAGAACCGCAAGAGAAAAGGGUCAAGUACUCCAACACCUACUUCUGGAUCGAAAAUUCCAAAGAAGAAAGAAGAAAAGAAGCUCCACGGUUUUGAUCGUGGUCUUGAACCUGAAAAAAUAAUUGGCGCAACAGAUAGUUCAGGACAAUUAAUGUUCCUAAUGAAAUGGGCUGGAACAGACGAAGCAGAUCUAGUUCCAGCCAAGCAGGCUAACGUUAAAUGUCCGCAGAUUGUUAUAAAAUUUUACGAAGAACGUCUAACAUGGCAUUCACCAAGUGCAGAAGAAGAAAAAACCGACUUAAAAUAACUUCUGCCUCCGAAUCUGACAUGAUAUGCUUUUAUUAAGUAGAUUUAAGGAUUUCGUUGUUAAUAAUUAAUUUUUACAAAGUAAUUGUCAAGUAAAAGAACAUCUGAUAAUUAUUUUCGUAUUAGUAUAUACAUAGACAUAAACAUUAAAAAAGAUCGCAUUUGUCUUUUUUUCUUUGU